GCUUCUACAGCGCUCGUUGCUCGUUUGACAGCAUGUGUUACCGGAGAGAAGCUGUUUCAUCCUGACUGAUUUCAAUCUGGAGCAGCAGAGCAGAAAGAGGCGUACAUAUGAAAAAAUGGAUGAAUAUGAAUGUACAUUAAAGCUGGUUGUCAUCUAGUCGUAAGGCAUCGGUAGCAAAACAAAUCUGUGCAGGCAUGUUUUAAAUCAGCGUUAUCAUUACUGCGGUUGCAAGAUUGUGCGCGGUGGGAAGGAGUGAUACAGCAUCUUUAGAGUGGGCAGCAUCCAUACGGGCAUCAGGACAAAAUGGCUGACAAGAGUGACCUAAAAGCUGAGCUGGAGCGCAAGAAACAGCGCCUAGCUCAAAUCAGGGAGGAGAAAAAGAGAAAGGAGGAGGAGAAGAAGAAGAAAGAGUCAGAAACGCAGCAGAAAGCAGAGAUUGCUCCUGAAGACUCUGAUUUGGACCGCAAGCGUCGUGAAACUGAGGCACUUCUCCAGAGUAUUGGAAUCUCCCCUGAGCCUCCGUUAGUCCCAACGCAAAUGUCCCCUUCAAAGUCAAUGAGCACGCCGAGUGAGACGGGCAGUCAGGACUCAGUGGAUGGUGCCACUGCAGGCAGAUAUAGGGCAGGUGGCAUUAGUAAGUACAAAUCAGACACAGCCAAUGAGAGGACCCUGCAGUGGGACACUGACCCCUCUGUUCUGCAGCUGCAGGCUGACUCUGAGCUCGGACGCAGGAUGCACAGGCUGGGGGCAUCUAAGAUAACCCAGGUGGAUUUUUUGCCCAGAGAGGUGGUCUCUUACUCUAAAGAGACACAGACUCCUCUAGCAGCUCAUCAGUCUGAAGAAGAAGAAGAGGAGGAUGAAGAUAAUACAGAGCCCAAAGCAGGCCUGGAGGAUGACCAGAAAGAGGAUGAGGAAGGCAAGGACACAAAGGAAGGCCACCCGAGGGAGCUGACGGAGGAGGAGAAGCAGCAGGUCCUGCACUCUGAGGAGUUUUUGAUCUUUUUUGACCGCAGUAUUCGUGUGAUGGAGCGAGCGCUCGCUGAAGACUCCAACAUCUUCUUUGACUACAGCGGCCGAGACCUCGAGGAUAAAGAGGGAGACCUGCAGGGGGGGUCGAGUCUGUCCUUCAGUCGUCUGUUCUAUGAUGAGCAUUGGUCUAAGCAUCGGGUCAUCACCUGUCUGGACUGGUCCCCUCAGUACCCAGAGCUGUUGGUGGCCUCCUAUAACAACAACGAGGACGCCCCUCAUGAGCCAGACGGUGUGGCCUUAGUGUGGAAUAUGAAAUUCAAGAAGGCCACGCCUGAGUACAUCUACCACUGUCAGUCCCCUGUUGUGUCUGUGGGCUUCGCCCGGUUUCAUCCUAAUCUGCUGGUGGGUGGCACAUACUCGGGGCAGAUCGUGCUCUGGGACAACCGCAGCCACCGGAGGACCCCGGUCCAGAGGACGCCCCUCUCCGCAGCUGCACACACUCAUCCAGUGUACUGUGUAAAUGUUGUUGGGACCCAGAACGCUAACAACCUGAUCACAGUGUCCACAGAUGGCAGGAUGUGCUCCUGGAGCCUGGACAUGCUCUCCCAGCCACAGGAGAGCAUGGAGCUGGUAUAUAACAAGUCUAAACCAGUAGCUGUGACUGGGAUGGCCUUUCCUGCAGGAGACGUUAAUAAUUUUGUGGUGGGCAGUGAAGAGGGAACAGUGUACACAGCAUCCAGACAUGGCAGUAAAGCUGGCAUCUGUGAGAUGUUUGAGGGCCACCAGGGGCCAGUAACUGGCAUCAGCUGUCACAGUGCUGUGGGCCCUGUGGACUUUUCCCACAUCUUUGUCACCUCGUCCUUCGACUGGACUGUCAAACUGUGGAGCACUAAGCACAAUAAGCCGCUGUACUCCUUUGAGGACAAUGCUGAUUAUGUGUAUGAUGUCAUGUGGUCUCCGGUGCACCCUGCGCUUUUUGCUGCGGUGGACGGGAUGGGCCGUCUGGACCUGUGGAACCUCAGCAAUGAUACUGAGGUCCCCACAGCCAGCGUGACCAUUGAGGGAGCUCCUGCGCUGAACAGGGUUCGCUGGGCCUCUGGAGGAAAAGAGGUGGCUGUAGGAGACUCAGAGGGCCGUUUGUGGAUCUAUGAUGUUGGAGAGCUGGCAGCGACGCACAGCGAGGACUGGGCACGCUUCGCCCGCACGCUGGUGGAGAUCCGCGCCAACCGGGCUGACGGUGAGGAGGAGGGGCCAGUGGAGCUGGCCUCAUAGAGUCACAGUCUCAGAGCAUCUGACCAACACUGUCCUGAAGCCACAUUCAGCCCAGCUUGACUCACCUAGAUACCGAUCAGCAUGCAUAUUAGAGCUUUGAUUGAGCCUGAAAUUUUGAUGGGAACCCAAAUGUAACCCCAGUCCAAACUGACCCACAGCCACACCUCCAGGUUUUGAACCUGAGUCAGAUUAUAGCUCAACCAAUUCUCUAGUCCCAGUCUCAACACAGCCACCACCAAGAGACGGCAUAAAACUCGACACUCCAACCAGAGUUCCCACGCUCCUGGAAAACCUGUAAAAGUCAGUGACUUUUAAAAUCUCAGUCUCAAGGCCUGGACACAGGGGUGAAUGAUAUGGCAGAAAUCUAACAUCACGAUACUUUUCACAAUAAGCGAUAUGCAUCAUGAUAUUUACUGUUUGAGGUUUGAUAAGUUGGAACAGAUAAAGCUACUGUAGUGCUAUAUUUAAAAAAUGCUAUCAAAAGCUAUUUACACAAUGAGUUUUAUUCAGUGUUUCACAUACUGUAUUGCACUAAACACAUUUUCUACCGCCAUCAUAAUUAUGAAUUUUAUUUCUUUUAUUUAGUGUGCAUGAUACAAAAACCUAAUUUCUUAAAUAUGUUUACAAUGAGGGUUUCUAGUAAAGACACCUUUAAGUGUACUCAUUUCCUCAGUGUAACAUGCUUGAUGACUUGUUGUGAAAAGUGGUAAUGGAAGUCUUGAAAUGGCCUCAAGGCAAAAGCCACCAAACACUAUGACAGUGUUUAUGUAAGUAAGAUGAAAAACGAAACAGGGAGAUAUACUAAACCCAUUAAAAGGUGGGAGACACGUUAUUAGAAACUCAAAUGUGAAAUAUGAAUCUGAGAAACAUGAAAAAUAAUGUGCCCAAACCCAAAGGUUUAGACGAAUAUUUGAAGCUCUAAUGUGCAUCUACACGGCUCUGAUCAUUUUGGUUUUGUUCCUCACAGACUCAUUAUAGAGCAUAGAUUAGGGUUAGCAGAAGCACCUUGCUUUAUAAUUAUGUUGUGCAAAAGUCUACUGUAAUUUGCAUUGUUGUUUCAGUUGACGUGAGCAAUCACAGAUCACUGUUUUAGCUAUUUAUUUUUAGGAUUCAUGUCCAAUUUAUAUCUGUUUCACUGAAAAAGGCCUAGUUUGAGCUUUGGAUGAUAAAUGUGAGGUGAGAAAGUUCAUAUGCUGCUAUGAGGGUUCGUAAUGAAGGCCAAAGAGGGCAGGAUCCUUUGCACAGGCUAAUAUUUGCUGUGUUUGUGCUGUGUGUGUGUGUGUGUGUGUGUGUGUGUGGGUCGGUGUAUAUAUAUUUUUGUAUUUAACUCCUGCAUGAAGCACAGUAAUGGAGCGAGUCUUACAGGCAUUAUGUGAUUGUGUCAGCUAUAGUAUUUAUAACUGCUAAAGGUUUAAUGUCAAAAUCUUGUAUGUCAGAGAUGUUUUGUCGGUCAAUUAAAAAGUGUAUUGUGCUUAUCAAAUGAAAGGGUUUAAUUUCACAUUUAAUCUAUACAGCGUGCUGAUGGAAAGCUCAGAUCCUGUUGCUAUGUAUGAGAAGUGUGCCCAGUGGUUACAUGCUAUUUCAUGCAUCAACUAAUAAAAUGACAUAUGCUUCCAACCAUA